AUGAAGAAUUCAUUGAUCAUUUUCUCUAUUUUGUGCCUCAUGGCCUACGUUACAGAAUGUCACAGUAGAAGAGGAAACAAUAAUCCUCUUCGUGAAUUUCUGAAGAAUAAGAAUUUAAGAAAGCAAUCCAACUUCCCUCUCCAUACAGGAGACUACUUAAAUGAUUCUAAUUCGUCGUCGGUUUAUGUGGAAUCACAGAAGGGUAGGAAAGAAGCCGACAAAAUCACAGCAUUGCUUGGACAACCGAGCGUAAGAUUUUGUCAAUAUUCAGGUUACGUUACCGUUGACCUUAUUGCCGGACGAGCAUUGUUCUAUUAUUUUGCCGAAGCCGAGAACCCAACCAAGAAACCUCUAGUCUUGUGGCUAAAUGGAGGGCCCGGGUGCUCGUCAAUGGGGUAUGGAGCAAUGUCGGAGCUUGGACCAUUUCGGGUGAACCCGGAUGGAGAAACAUUAUGGCAUAACAAGAAUUCAUGGAAUAACGUGGCAAAUGUCCUGUUCUUGGAAUCCCCAGCCGGUGUUGGAUUUUCGUACUCAAACAGAUCAUCCGAUUAUGUAACGGGCGACAAAAGGACAGCUGCGGAUUCUUACACAUUCUUAGUAAACUGGCUCCAGAGGUUUCCAGAAUACAAAACCCGAGACUUCUACAUAACGGGUGAAAGUUAUGCCGGUCAUUAUGUGCCUCAGCUUGCCGACCUAAUCCUCAGAUAUAAUAAAAUUCCGAAGAACGCCUUUAUUAACCUUAAAGGAAUUGCUAUCGGGAAUGCAUACGUCGACUAUGUAGAUGUGAACAUCGGAAGACAGGAUUUCUACCAUAGUCAUGCAAUUAUAUCUGAUGAAACUUACCAAGGCUUAAAAAAGAAUUGCGAUUACUAUUCAGAUAAACCUGAAUCAAGUCUUUGUAAAUUCUACAAUCAACAAUGGCAUAAGGAGCAUGGCAACAUCGACCCUUCCAACAUUUACGCAUCAUUAUGCGGCUCGUCUGGACAAUUUUCUUCAAUAUCGGAUUUCGAUCCAUGCACCGAUGAUUACGUCGCCAAAUAUUUAAAUAAUCCCAAUGUGCAGAAGGCUCUUCACGCUAACACGACUCAUAUACAUCGGCCGUGGAUGGGUUGCAAUGGAGAUACAGAUGCGAUUAUUCCAGUGACAGCAACAAUAUACUCUAUGGUUAAAAUUGGGUCACCCGUUAAAACUCGAUGGUAUCCAUGGUACAUCAAUGAACAAGAGGUGGGAGGAUAUGCAGUUGGAUACCAAAAUGUGACGUUUGUAACUGUAAGAGGGUCGGGACAUGAAGUGCCGAGUUACCAGCCCGGACGCGCACUUGUUUUGUUUACAUCCUUCUUGAAUGGAAAAUUGCCUCCAGCCAUAAAUAGUUCCUAA